UUUUCUAAAAACCGUAUACUAAAAUUGGCGCUCUGAUUUGCUCGGCUCCAUUUAAAAGUGUCAGUGAACAUGGACGGCUUUUAUAAUAACAACGGUUGCGGCUUCAACAACAGCGGCUACUCGCAGAGUCCGCGGAGUGGCAACUCUGGAUCCUGUUGCGGUUGCCCCGGUGGCCAUUGCCCCCGAAUGGAGGCGGGUGGCAGUGGCAAUGGGACUCAGGGACAGAGCCGGCUGUGUUGUCCUGGCGGCAACUGUUGUCCCGGCGGACGCUGUCCGAUCGGAAAGUCGCGCUUCAAUCCAGACUGGCAGAAUGGCGGACGCUAGCACCAAAGAGCUGGCGGUUUCCUGCCUGGCAGAUCGGAACGCCUCUGGAAUGGACUUCCACCCACACUUCACCCGAAGAGCUUGCCCAGGAACCAGACAUCUUCUCACACGGCGACUCAAAAUGGAGCGGAUGCUGAAUGUGACGAUUACGAAAAUUGUCAAUACAGAUAAAUUGAAUGUAUCAUAAAUAUAGAGAAGUACCUAAA